CUUGUAUUUAUUUAUUUUAAAUGUUGCUGAAAGGCCGAGUCAAUUAGUGUGGCGUCUUAUUGGACUUUAGAGCGAUAUGCAAUUUAUCGGAGUCAUGACGUGUCGUCAUCAUUUAAUCCAUUAAGAUAACAUCCACACAAACGCUAGCAAAUUGAUCGUCGAGAAUAUAAACGUUAAUUUAGUGGCAGACUUUGAGUGGAUACUGUCAGCACCAGGAUUGUUCGUGAUCGUUGAAGAAUUUCUACUGGAGUUAAUUAAAAUGUCGAUUACUAGUAUUGAAGAUGAUGCGCUAGCAUUACAGAGUUACAUCAAGUCAUAUCCAGACUUCCCUCUGCCUGGAAUAUUGUUUAGAGAUAUAUUCAAUGUCUUCCAAAGUACUGAUGGUUUACAAUUGUUGAAUAAUAUCUUGAAAAAAUAUGCGGUUGAAAUCGCUGGUAAAGUUGACUGUGUUGCAAUGUUGGAAGCUCGAGGAUUUUUGUUGGGCACUUUAAUGGCAUUGCACUUAAAUGUUCCCUGUGUUCCAGUUAGGAAGAAGGGAAAAUUACCUGGAAAAGUAGCUCAACUUGAGUAUAGUUUGGAAUAUGCUAAAGAUGUAUUGGAAGUUCAAUUAGAUGUCUUAAAAGAAGGAAAAAGAGUUCUGGUCAUUGAUGAUUUGUUAGCAACUGGAGGUACUCUUGAAGCUGCUGUUCAACUACUGAGGAAAACUGGGGCAGAAGUAGUUCAAGCAGUAGUUAUUAUGGAACUCUGUGAUUUAGAAGCACGGAAAAAAAUUGACAUUCCAAUUAAAUCAUUUAUUCAAUACUAAAUAUCUUAUACAAUAUAUAUAAUGUAUAUUAAGUAAAUAAAUCUUUUUUUAAUACAAUAAAUAUUUAAAAAAAAAUAAUAAUUUUAAAUUGGGUGGAAGGCUUUGAACAUAUAUAUUUUUUGAGGGGAGGUGGCUAAGCAUCUAUCUAUGUAUCUCUAGUCGCCUAUAUUUAUGAUUUUACAUGAUAUAUAUGUAUUAUUUAUUUUGUAAUUUUCUACUUUUGACCUACAAAGUAUCAAUUGGAUCCAAAUUGCAAUCAAAAGCUAUUCUCAAAUUUAAAGAUUUUUUCUGCUCAGACUAUAUUUACGUAAGUAUACAGUGUAGUAACUACACCGUAUACCUACGUAAAUAUAGUAGGAGCAGAAAAAAUCUUUUAAUUAGAGAAUAGUUUUUGAUUGCAAUUUGUACCCAGUUAAUAUUUUGUACCUUAGACAUAGACAUAUAUACUACACAAUAUUAUAGAAAUCUGUGACUUUAAGUCAUAUACUAGUACCUACAAUAAUAUGAUCUAAGCAGUAUGUUGAAUAAUAUUAUCAGCUUAGUAUUUAAACUUAGUAUUUAGCUUAGUAUUUAUUGUACAAACAAAAUUAUAAAAACCAGAGUCCUAAAAGUGUUUAUGAUAGUGAAUAAAUAAAGUACAAGUUUUCUUUUGAUACCUA